AAUGAUGAAGAUCACAGUCCUCUAUAACGUGCCUGUGUUUCGGUAGAAUAACUCUUUCAAACACCCUGAAAUGUUUUGGCUCAUAUGUUCAUGUGAAGAGAUUUGUUUUUAACUUAAUAAGCUGUUUCACUACGAUGCCUGUCUUGUGAAUAUUCCGUAACUUUAAGAGUGUUUGACACAGACACAACAUGGAUGAGAAUGUAACCCCUGGCAGAAAAGGAAACCUGACUGGAAGUGCAAGGAAGCUGAAGGACAAUGCUGCUGACUGGCACAACUUUAGCUUGAAGUGGGAGCGACUGAACGAUGAAGGAUCUGCCCAUGCAACGAAAAUAGUCAACCUGGUGUUAACCAAAGAGCCAGUGAAGGAGACCAGUCUGAUGUCAGGGGAUGAGUCGACCCAGUCAGGCCCGGGGCAUACUGGAGCCGACCCACAGUCAUCUCGCCCUGAACUCCACAGAGACCUUGAAGAGGAGUGCACCAAACUGCAGGACAUUGUGGAGAAAAUGGCACACAUGGUGUCAAAAAUGGAAAAAAUGGCCUCGUCUGAGAAUGGCAUCUGCAAGCUGGAGGCCUUUCAGUUUGGAGAUAAAGGAAGGGACGCUCCCCUCUUUCUUACAUGGCCCACCUCUCAGUUUGCGGAGGUGUCCAGCCGGUUGCUGAGCUACUACAGGCAGGAGUUGGCCCUGAAGCAGCUCCUGCUGGGCCUGCUGGCCCACACCCCAGACCCACAGCUCUCCAUGGUCUACCUCUCGGCCUGGCUCUACCAGCCCUACAUAGACGACCAGGCCAAACUGCUGCUGGAGGGUCUGCUCCUUGAAACAGGCCACCGGACUUAGGAGAAAGAAGAAAAAAAAGCAACGCCACGUCAGUUAAUGUAUGUGGCGGAUAACUCUUGGGCUGGCUGAACGAGACUCUCUCUCUCGUAGACGACCAGGUCAAACUGCUGCUGGAGGGUCUGCUCCUCGAAACAGGCCAACGGACUUAGGAGAAAAAAAAUCCGACCCCAACACGCUACGACCAGGUCAAACUGCUGUGGGGCGUGCUCCUCCUCGAAACAGCCCAUGGGCCGCACCAGCUUUCAAACGCCCAAUAUCUUCAACGAGAAUCAGCUGCUGUGGCUUGGACACUAUGUAUGAUCCAACUAGUGGUCUCUAUCUGUAUGGUAACUGUACAAUGCCAUGCCAUGUGAGUGACUGACAGUUAAGGAGUUUUGGUGAAAGAUCGCACCUCCAAUGGUAGGUUAGGACUUGCUUGUUGCCAGCAGCAUAAGAGGACGAGAGGCGUGACGUCAUUGUGAGACUUCAUGUACUGUAGUCCUAUCGAAUGGUACCAUUUACAAAUGCAUCAGAUGUCUUUGCUGUUUUAUUAAAUUCUUAUUUGCUUGACAAGGAAUCAUUGUUGCUUUGUCACAUAACACUACUAGUUGUCAAUGUGGGGCACACAAAGACACACACGCCAUUGAGUUUCUGGAGACAAUGUUUAAUUUUCCCCUUCAACAUUAUGUCCCACUAUAUUUUUCAAACAUAUUAUGAUUGAAAAGAAAACAAAAACACAUUACAGUGGAAUAUUUAUAUUAAAAAAGUAAUAAAAUAGUGCAACAACUUCAAAGACUGCCUUCAAACGGGACACUUAUCUACAUAUAAACAGGUCACAGACAACUGUAGUCAACAAAGAGCUACAAAUCUAUACAAAGGAACAGAAACACAGAA